AUGAAAAUUGUGAAGGAGAAGGAUCUGGAUCGACUUAAAAAGCUGCCGAAUGGGGUUGAAAGUGUAGCAAAAACUCUUGAAACUGACAUCAAAACAGGAUCCUUGAUGAUAAAAAGAAGAUUGGUCGAUAACAUGAGAGAUUUGGUUCAAAAACAUAUAAAAAGCCACCUUCGGAGGUCCAAAGUCAGAAACAGUAGUGAAAACCAAAUUGAAGUUUUGAGAGGCAAUAAAAGGAAAAAGAUUUCGAUGUAUGAAAUAGUUGUGGGAGAUGUGGUUUGCUUAAAGAUUGGAGACGAAGUUCCAGCAGACGGAUUGUUAGUAGAAGGGAAUAACCUGCAAGUAGAGGAAGAUGAUCAAGAUGGUGAGACAGUACAAGUUGAUCCCGAUAAAAAUCCAUUUCUGUUUUCUGGAUCUAUAGUGGUCAAUAGUGAUUAA